CCUUAUAUCCUGUACGUCGAUUUCCUAUAUUCUAUUUAUUCUCUUUAUUUUAGAUAGGUAUUCCUGCUCUGAUUUCCUCUCUCCUAAGAUUGUUCUUUUUUCCAGUAUUCAAUUUUACUUCUGCGCAUGUGUCAUCAUGUAUGAGAGAGAAAGAGAGAGAGAGAUCCUAGAAUAGAGGAGAAAUCGACUGUAUAAUUAAAUAUAUAAAAAUUGUUUUUUUCUGUCCCACUCAUCUUAUAGCAAUAAUUUUAUGUAUUGCCAGUAAUGUAUCUUUUGUUAGUAUUAUUUGUACCAUUAUUUGAGACUGUAUAUCCUUUAACUUUGUUGAUAUUAGAGCGCGACAUUUGAUCGUCGUAGUGUCACUUCCGGGAAGAAGAGGGACCGGUACAAAAGCAACGUAACGGAGCGUAACCCGUAACGUCUGGUAACAUCGGGUCGAAGAUGACAGCGGUGGCUAUGCCCCCCGCAAUGUCCCACAAUAAUAAUGGGAUAAUACAAGUAGUGAACGAAAGUAAUUUAAGUAAGAUAGAGAGCUUCCUCAACGACACGGCUUACAGAGAAGCCAUUGAAAACUCCUCUAAUUAUAAUAGCCGAUUAUGCCGAGAACGACGUCUUCGCAUGCCCUUCCUCGACUCGCAAACAGGUGUGGCACAGAAUCAUUCUGCGCUUUUUAUGUCCUCGAGAGAAAGAUUACCAGGUUUGUUACAUGGUCAAAUUUACACCUAUCCAAGCAAAAGAUGGCGAAAGAAACGACGGCAAUACUUGAUGCAUUAUUUGCAUCCAAAACGAGGACCAAGAGGUGAUACGGAGGAUGGAAUAGAAGGUGUCGAAGCUGUUACGCACAUAAAUGAUGAUAGCAAAGAUUCAGUAGUGCUUAAAGAUGAACACAGUAAAGACGCUUGGUAUUAUGACGAACAAGAUAUGUUAGACAUGGAUGCCUAUGACGAACCUGAUCCUGAAAGUGAUUACGAUUAUGAAGAGAGUUAUAGUAGUAAAAGAAAACGCAGGAAAACUCGUGGUGGUGGCCACCAUCCUGCUCGUAGUCAUCCACCUUCGACAGAUAGUCCAGGCGGUAAACGAACAAAGGGUGGGGGCCGCGGACGCAAAAAAGCCAACUACGACUCUGUUGACACUGAUAAACCAUUCGUUUGUGACCUAUGCAGCGCACGGUAUAAGACCAGACCUGGUCUGGUCUACCAUUACGGUCAUUCCCACUCUACUUCCUCCGGUGAUCCUGCUAAGGAACUAAGUCCCAGUCCUGCCGAAGUUGAACCUAGGAGCGUUGCAGACACCGCUGCUUCGAACCAGCCAGAGAACGAGAGGGAUGAGAUCUUAUCGAAUUAUCUAAGUGGUACGCGUCGGGGUCGUCAGAACACUACUUCCUCGAGUACCUCGAGUCCCUCCCCGGCGGCUCCAGCCGUCGCAUCCGCUACGGGAGCGACGUCGCAACCAUCGCAACAGUCGCAACAGCAGCUGCAGCCGGCAUCCGCGCAGACGCCCGUCGCUCCAGCGUCGCCCACCGUCUCGGUGACCAAGGAAGAUCAUCUACCUGCCGCGUCCUCGCCCGGCGGCACCGCCGUCCCGUCGCUCUCCUCAGCGGAGACUGCGACGGGAGGGUCACCCACCCCUGGAGGAGGAGGAGGUGGUGGAGGAGGACCGACCAUGGAGAAGAAGGCCGGCGGCAAGUCAUCCGCGGCGCAACCGUCCCCGUAUUGCGACUUCUGCCUGGGUGACGCGCGCGAGAACAAGAAGACGGGCGGAUCCGAGGAGUUGGUGUCGUGCAGCGACUGUGGCCGCUCAGGUAAGCCAGAGGAAAAGAUCAAGCGCAAGUAUACCAGGAGAGCGAAUCACAAUUAAACUCGAUCGGGCACGACGACGACUACGGUGACGAGAGACGACGACGACGACGACGACGAUGACGAUGAUGAGGAUAAAUGAUGGUGAUGAUGAUAAUAUACAUAUAUAUUCUGAAUCGAGAGACGGUAAGAUUCGUUCCGUGUCUAUACGGACGGUACUAUUUUCUACAUCUCUUUGCGAGCCUAUCGCGCACUGCGUCCUGUGAAUAUAUAGCCAGAUACAACUCAAAAACAAAAUCAGGAGAUCAGUAUAUACACGUCGCAAUACCUCGAGUAUGCUUCCGCGCGACUGAGAUGUGAGUAGCAGCUUAUUUAUGAAACGCGGGAUAUGUGACUUAGUGAUGAUUUAGCGAUACGAGAUGGUUUAAUGUCGGCAAUAUCUGAUACGCCGAUAUCGGCAUAUAGCGUUAUUGGGUAUAUAUAUAUAUACGUGUUCACGCUAUAAUUGUUUAUACUUCCAUGUUUCAGCUGUUAACAUCGUGAAAGAUAUUGAGUAACUUGUUAAUUUUACGACACAAGCAAGCGUACGUGCUCUUCCUUACGCAAAGAGAGGAUCGCUGUUUCCUCCCCCUCCCUAUUCGUAUAUUCCAAACGUAUCUAUAAUUGUUAAACGCGCAAUAUCGAGAUGUUUAGAAUUAUCUGUUACAUUUGUAAUAAUUUGAGGAUUCUGCCUUUCUUUUCGUUGAUGCGCAUCACGUGUACGCGUGUAGCCGUUAAAAAAAAAAAAAAUAUCG